AUGAAGCUUUCCACCCUUGCCCCCCUGGCAGCCCUGCUGUCCUUUGCAGUUGCUGAUUUCCCUGACGAGGACAUUAGCGAGUGUCUGAUCAUGUGCCUGUCUAUAGGCGCUGGAGUGGCGGGUUGCGCCUCGUACGUGGACACCCGGUGCACUUGUCACAGCAUCGCUUUCAAGGAUGCUGUUGGGAAGUGUCUACAGAAAUCUUGUAUCAAGGAAGACAUCGAUACCGCGGCGAAAUUGCACCAGAAAGUUUGUGGGCAUUAUGAGUGA